AAUCUAAAAUAAUAUUUUAUAUCUUUCUUUCUAGAGGGCUAUUUAACAUCUUGCACUUUUGACUACCUAACAGACAACUUCGAUACGCGCCUUUUCGUUGGCACCAUAUUCUUCUGCAGCUUUGUGUGCCCAACAUCGAUGAUCGUCUAUUACUACAGUCAAAUAGUUGGUCAUGUCUUUAGUCAUGAAAAAGCGCUACGCGAACAAGCAAAGAAAAUGAAUGUUGAGUCUUUGCGAUCAAAUGUGGACAAAAGUAAGGAAACGGCGGAAAUACGUAUCGCAAAAGCGGCCAUUACCAUUUGUUUCCUCUUCUUCGUGUCGUGGACGCCGUAUGGAGUAAUGUCAUUGAUUGGAGCAUUUGGUGAUAAGAGUCUACUGACGCCGGGCGUAACCAUGAUACCAGCUUGUACUUGCAAAAUGGUAGCUUGCGUCGAUCCAUUCGUGUACGCUAUUAGUCAUCCUAGAUACAGAGCAGAAUUACAAAAGCGUUGUCCAUGGUUAGCCAUUAAGGAAAAGUCGACUGAGGCUUCAACAGCGGGUUCGACAACCACUGAACAACAGCAGACGUCAGCAGCGUAAAGUUAGCUCAUAGGGUGCACUGAUCGCCGACGGUAAUACUGUUGCAUACAUUAGCUUGUAAGAAGCAUUAGUAACAUUAGGAUUUAAAUUGAUAUGAGUUUUUAUUUGUAUAUGUAUUGUACAAGUGUAUGUACCUAAAAAUUACUUAGAUUAGAUAAUUAUUGCGACAAUUUUCGCACACACAUAUUGAUGACUUGGAUCUGGACAAGGACUUGCAUUAUCACCUAUAUCCAAAUUGAACACACAAGGCUAAGCGAACGGAUACACGACUUGAUAACACACAUACAUACAUAAGUAACUGUGCGACAAUGCGUGGAUGCCAAAGAAGCAGCAUUAUGCACGAAAAUUAAAAAAAAAAAAUGAAUAAAUGGAUCGUCACAGUUAGGUUUGAUGUAACCAACUGUUAUUAAAUUAUUAUUUAUUUGUAGCUCUAUUAUUUGCCUAUGUAAUAGAAAUGGGAAAAAUAAAUAGAAUUUUAUUGCAACUUAACAA